AUGUCACCCUCAGCCACCGAUUCCCCCAUUGCGGUCUUGAACCGAUUCUACGAAGCAGAACGACGUUACAUGGCGGCCGGUGGGAAAGCAGGCGGGGCCUCUUUCGACGAAUUCGCCAGUACUAUGGCAGACGAUGUCGUUUUACACCAAACCCCGGACUUGCCGUGGGGUGGAGAGUACUUGGGAGUUGAGCGAUAUGCGGACUGGGCAGCACAAAUGAGUGACUGCUUUGAGACCGUUGAUGUGCAGGACGCCAAAUUCAUCGAGAGUGACGAUCAAGUCAUUGUUCUGUGCACACUGGAAACCAAGGCUAGGCUGACUGGCGAGGUUAUACGACAUCCGAUGGUGCAGGUAAUUACGGUGAAGGACGGCAAGAUCACGGACUUUCGACCUUUUUACUGGCAUGUGCCGGAUUAUGUUUCAGCACAGAAGGGUUUAAAGACGACUUUUUCGAAAUAA